UAACCGGGCUACAAAACGAGUUUACAUUAAACCCCAUUCCAAGUCUUCUCCACGAGUACUCUAUCCCGCCAUUAACAACUUUAUUUCAGGGUAGAAACGUCAUUCAGCUUCCAACACGUCAAAAAUACCCCAAUAUUCAACAAACCUACUUCACCGCCACCGGACUCAACCCCCACCUUUCCCUUUCCAAAAAAACCACUUAGAGGAAAGCUUAGAUCCGAUCUACAAAAAAUCUCAAAUUUGAAAUUUGAACUUCGAAGGGUUAAAACAAAACGUUGGUUCCUCUAAUCUCGUUUUAACUUCGUGAUAGCGAUUCGAUUUGAUUCGAAUCGGUAGCUUAGCAAGGAUGGGCGAUUUCAACCUGGCUCUGGUAAUCGUCGCCAUAGUUGUGUGUGUCCUAGUGUUCUUGUUCAAUGUCUACCUCCUUGUCAAUUACCAGCAUCCGGACGACGCUAACCAAGCGUAUUUCCCCAAAUUCGUCGUCGUUUUCGGGCUCUCCAUCGCUGCCAUUUCCAUACUCAUGUUACCGGCUGAUGUUGCCAACCGGCAGGCGUGUAGGCACGCGAUAUACAACGGCGCCUGUAAUCUCACCUUGCCUAUGAAAGAGCUUUGGCUCGCCGUUUAUAUCAUCGAUGCUGUGCUCGUUUUUUUUGUAAUCCCCUUCGCUAUGUUCUUCUACGAAGGAGACCAGGACAAGAGUGUUGGGAAACGGAUAAAGAGCGCGUUGCUAUGGGUGGUGACAACGGCAAUUGUUUGUGCUCUCUUGCUUGGAAUUCUCUAUGGGUUAGCUGGAAAGGUGGAUUUUACUGUUAGGCACUUGUCUUCUGUCACUACUAAUUUCCCAAGUAAUUGGGAUUUCUCUAGUGGUCAGCCUUGUAUUGGUGGCAGUGGUGCACACGCGUGUUCUGCAUAUACUGCAAGUGCUUCAUCAGAGAAAACAUGGACUAUGCGUACUACCUUUCCAGAAUAUGUUGUUGCCCUUGCCACAAUUGUUGGAUCAGUUCUUUUCUCGAUAUUUGGUGGUGUAGGUAUUGCUUGUUUGCCUCUUGGGCUUAUUGCUUCAUUUAUACGCCGUCCAAAGGCUGUUAUCACUCGCUCACAAUAUAUUAAGGAAGCAACUGAACUUGGUAAAAGGGCAAAAGAAGUGAAGAAAGCUGCUGAUGCCCUUCAUCAGGAAGAAAGAAGUGGCUCUAAGGGUAGAAAAUGGCGUAAAAAUGUUAAGGCUGUGGAAAAGGAGCUGCUUCAGCUAGAAGAAGAUGUAAAACUUUUGGAAGAGAUGUAUCCUCAAGGAGAAAAGGCUGAAACUUCCUGGGCCUUGACUGUUCUUGGAUACUUGGCAAAACUUGUGUUGGGAAUCUUAGGGUUGAUUGUUUCAGUGGCUUGGAUCAUUCAUAUUGUCAUAUACCUUCUGAUUGAUCCACCGCUUUCUCCCUUCCUGAAUGAGGUUUUCAUCAAGCUGGAUGAUAUAUGGGGUCUUCUGGGUACUGUUGCAUUUGCAUUCUUUUGCUUCUACCUUCUGCUUGCUGUGAUUGCUGGAGCAAUGAUGCUUGGCCUGCGAUUGGUUUUCAUUACAAUUCAUCCUAUGAAGUGGGGAGCUACGCUAAUGAACUCUUUUCUGUUCAAUGUGGGACUUAUUCUUUUGUGCUCAAUAAGUGUCAUACAGUUCUGUGCCACCGCAUUUGGGUACUAUGCUCAAGCAACUGCUGCCCAGGAAAUAUUCGGCCACACAUUGCAGUCUCUUCGUGGAAUUAAAUAUUUGUACAAGUAUAAUGUAUUUCAAAUCGCAUUCAUUGUUUUAGCGGCAUUGACCUUCGUGUAUUAUGUUGCCUUUGGAUGGAGAAGAAAAAAACCUAGCGGCAGGUUCCAGCUUUCCUCGUAAGAAUGUUCCCCUAGAAGACAAUGCAGCCUCUGAAAUAAUCAUAUUUCUCUUUUAUAUCAUCCCUUUCAGAGGUGUUUGAUAUGCUCGGAUGCUUCCGGCUGUGGAAGGUUAGAGAGAGGCUUUUUUCUCGCUAGUUAAAUUGGUUGCCUGAAGGAGGAGCAUGUUGAGUGCCGCAACUGCUUCUCUUUAUGCUUGCUUGCUUUUCAUCUCUUUUGUAUGUAGUUUCUGUUAUUAUUUUUUUCUUUCCUAUUUGUUAAAUGUUACACUUAACGCAUUUGGGUUGGGCAUGUAAUUGAGUUUCCUUGUCUUUGACAGUUGACACACGUGAACUGGAUUUAUGCGCAAUUUAUGCUUGUCUUGGAACUGAGUUGUACUAAA